UUCCUAAAUGCUUCCCUAUAAAGCUCACAUCUUCAAUGUUUCUAGCACAAAGUGUCAACCAUGGAAUCAAGCUAUCAUUACUCAAGUAAUGGUAGGCAAAAGUUAGCAGCAAAAAGGUUGAUCGGAAAAGUUGCAAUUGUAACGGGUGGCGCGAGAGGAAUCGGAGGUGCAACCGCAACAUUAUUGUCGGAAAAUGGGGCGCAUGUCAUAAUAGCUGAUAUAUUAGAUGAAGUUGGUGUAAAUCUUGCUAAGUCUAUUAGAGGCCUAUAUGUGCACUGUGAUGUCUCUAAAGAAUCUGAUGUUGAAUCUGCAGUUCAACUUGCUCUAUCUUGGAAAGGCAAACUUGAUAUCAUCUUCAGCAAUGCUGGAAUUAUUGAUAACGGAAGGAGCAUUACAAAUCUUGAAACGAACAAAUUGGCGACUUUAAUCAACGUCAACGUUAAAGGUGUAAUACACGGGAUAAAACACGCAGCACGAGCAAUGAUCUCAGCAGGCAGUGGCGGGUCAAUCGUGUCCUCAUCAAGUUCAGCAGCAAUCAUGGGAGGCCUUGCGUCACACGCGUACACCCUAACCAAAGGCGCGAUUCUUGGAAUAACAAGAAGCGCAGCGUGUGAGUUGGGAGUUCAUGGCAUUCGUGUAAAUUGUGUUUCACCGCAUGGAAUCCCUUCGGAAAUGCUUGUGAAAUCAUAUCAAGAGUAUUUAGGGAAACCAAAUAUGACCAUAGAGGAAGUGAGUGACAUAAUAGGUAGAGAAGGAAGCUUACUAAGUGGGAGAUGUGGAAGCUUUGAAGAUGUUGCACAAGCUGUGUUAUUUCUAGCCAGUGAUGAAGCCGGAUAUAUAACCGGACAUAAUUUGGUUGUCGACGGGGGCUUUACUUCGGCUUCGGUUGAGAUGAGUUCUUUUUAUAGUGACAAAUGAUCAUAUGAUUAUGUUGUGAAUCACUGAGACAUUAAUUUUAUUGUACGUUUAGGAUAUACUAUGAGCCUCAAAAGUUCUGUAUAUUCUUAAUAUCUUGUGUCUCAUGCUAGAAUAUACUAUGAGCCUCAAAAGCUCUAUAUGUUGCCUGAAAAGUUCUAUAUAUUAAUGCAGAAAAAAAACAAAUAUUUAAUCAA